AUGAACAACGCAACCGAGUCAACCAACAAGAAGAAGCGUGCCAAUCCGCAGGCUUCUGACGCUGCUGAUGAGGCCGUCGAAGGUGCUUCUGGUGAUGGUGCCGCCGCCGGCGCCUCCAAUGGCGCGUCUUCAGCUUCGUCAUCAAACUUUCGCAAUGUCAGCGCGUGUAAUCGGUGUCGUUUGAGGAAGAACCGCUGUGAUCAGAAGUUACCGGCAUGUACGAGUUGCGAAAAGGCCAAUGUCAAAUGCGUCGGCUUCGAUCCUGUUAGCAAGAGGGAGAUACCCAGGAGCUAUGUAUACUAUCUAGAGAGUCGGGUGCAGCAUCUGGAAUCUUUGCUCCAAGCCAACAAUAUUCCUUAUGCGCCUACAGAUGACUUCAGCAUGAGUGUGGCGACGCCUGUCUCUCCUACGAUAACAUCUUCAGGUGAAGCCACGGCAGCUGGAGCACAGAAGUACACUGACACUAGCGCUGGACCUGUUUCUGCUGUUUCGGAUGAACAGACCGAACAGAAGCACCUCUCUAAUCUAGUCCAUAACAUCGGAAACGUAUCAGUAUUAGGAGCUUCAGAUUCUAGAUAUCUCGGUUCUACUUCUGGGAUAUCCUUCGCUAGAGUUGUCUUUGCUGCCGUCAAGAGCUCAGUAUCUGGAUCGACAUCAGAACGUGGCGGCGUUCGUCCUUCGAAGCCACUAACGAGCGCAGCUACAGGAGGAACUACUAUGAGGGAUUCAUUCUUUGGACUGCAGACAAAACCUGCCAUCAAACCAGCGACCUUCCCCGACAAGGACAUUGGACGACGAUUGAUGGAGCUAUAUUUUGAGCAUUCCAACCCACAGAUACCUAUAUUACAUCGCGGAGAGUUUAUGGCGUUAUUUGACAAAGUUUACGCCACAGAGGAGAAGAAGAGAACGCCGCGCGAGCUAUAUAUGCUCAACAUCGUCUUUGCUACAGGCGCUGGGGUCAUUCUGGAAGCCUCUGACAAGAACAACGACGCAGAGAAUGCCGCCGAUGGGAAAGCCGGACAGAGCCGCAAGAGGCAAAAGCUCUCUAACGAGCAAUCCCGACCGGAAGAGUAUCACGCUUCAGCUAUAGUACAUCUGGAGUCAUUCCUUGGAUCGUCUUCGUCUGCAACAGAGGGCAUUGGUGGUGGUCUUGAAGAAUUACAGGCCGUCCUUCUUCUGGCAGGAUUCGCGCUACUUCGUCCUGUCGCACCGGGUCUGUGGUAUAUUGUAGGCGUAGCUGUCCGUCUUGCUGUGGAUCUUGGCCUUCACAACGAGGACCCGGAGGCUGCGACAGAGAUCAGUGCUGAGCAAGGACAGGGCGAGAUGACUAGUGCUGCGAGAGAAGAGUUUGGACGACGACAAUACAUUCGAGACUUCCGAAGAAGGUUAUGGUGGUGCGUUUACUCUUUCGAUCGCCUGGUCUCUACUUGCGUUGGCAGACCUUUUGGUAUUACAGACCAGGUUAUCACCACUGAGUUCCCAACUCUGCUCGACGACAAGUAUAUCACACCAAGUGGUUUCUUGACUCCGCCACAGAACGAGUAUGGCAGCAUACCGAGUUAUAAACACGUCUCUUACCACUACUUCCGGCUUCGAUUACUGCAGUCAGAGGUAUUGCAAGUAUUGCAGCACCGCCAGACUCAGCAAUUUAGAGAAAGAGGUACUGUCAAUGGGGCCAACCGAUGGAUGCACACAGAUCUUCCUUCACCGUUCUUGUCGAGAUAUUCAAGCUUCAGGGAAUGGCGAGGCGACAUCGAUCGAAGACUGUACGAAUGGAUUGAGUCGUCUCCUACACAGACGAUGACUGGAGUCGCAUUUUCUCCACUAUUCUUGGAGCUCAACUACUGGCUCACAGUGACCAUGCUUUACCGCCAAUCUCUAUCAGUACCUCCGUCACUAGCUGGGGAACUAGAUGCGUCUACUGGCGAUGAUGUUACUAGUCCAGGUCAUGUCGACUAUGAAGAAGAAGACGAGGAAAUGGUGUUCUUGAAGGUGGCCGAAGCGGGUCAAAAGACACUGAAGAUCUACCGUCAGCUACAUCGCGUAAGGCUGGUCAACCACACUUUCCUGGCUACACACCACUUGUUCAUGUCUGGUAUAUCUUUCCUAUAUGCCAUCUGGCAUUCGACGGUCGUAAGGUCCAAGCUUACUCUGGACGAUGUUGACUUCACCAUUCUGGCAGCAACAUCUGUGCUCGGAGACAUGAUUGAAAAGUGUCCGCCUGCUGAAGCAUGUCGGGAUGCAUUUGAUCGCAUGAGCAAAGCAACCAUUGCGAUGGUGGAGCAAACUACAGGAUUCGGAACGCAGGCACUACGGUAUAUCGCACAAGCGCAGAAAGUACAACAGCAUGCGGAUGCGUCCGCUGCAGGAGAGCACAACGUCAGGAAGGCCAACCACGGCACAGCUAUUAUGGCUCCCAACCAAGGCAGACCUCAGCCUCAACAACCACAGCAGCAGCCGCAACAAGCCAGACGACCUAUGCCACGAUUUGACAUGAAUUUGCGAGAUUUGUUCACAGAUGACGAGUCAACCAAUCGUCCAUCAGCACAAAGGAGGGCACCGUUCCCAAUGGCGCGGCCACCCAAUCCGGUGGUAAAGCGAGAAGGAGGACCAGCCUUCCCGAACACGCCUGCGGGACCUGCGUAUCAGCAGAAUCAAAUAUCUCCUCGACUUUAUGCACCUAGCCCACCGAUAGACCCAUCGUUACAAACAACCCCGCCGCCAAUAGCGAGACAAUCACCCAGUCAGCACCAUUACUACCCUCGAGGAGGGCAGAACUAUUUGGCACCUGGGCCUCAAGGAAUGCCAGGUCCGAUCGAGGGUUUCGAAUUCUUGCAAGACUUCCAGCUCCCCGACCAAGGAGGAGUCUUGGGUCAAGCAGGACAAACGCCAGGUAAUUAUGGAGAGUUUGACAUGGGCUUCGGGGCGGGAGGGCUUGCUUUCGAUGGCGGUGGUCAGCCAUGGGAUGAACAUGGAGGCUUCGACUUGUUUGACGGAUUCUUCUUUGGUGGAAGCAAUGGAGGCGGCCAGAGAUGA